UCGGCGAGGCUGUCUGAACAAGUUUGCUUGUGAGGCAGGAAUCAGACCACCACAAGGACUAAGCGGUCUCAGCUCUCCAACAAAUCCCACACAUUUAUUCACAGCCAUGGAUUCAAACUUAAGUGCACAGCCAAUGAUGUGUGAGUUGUGUGGGACAUUUUUUGAGACUCGACAAGGGCUCUCCAGCCAUGCUCGAGUCCACCUUCGGCAGCUAGGGGUGGCACUAUCAGAAAACACCAGAUCGCCCAUUGAUGUGCUGUACCAGAUCAUCCAGGAGAGAGACGGCUCCCUCCCCAGCCUGCCCAAAAAAACAGACCAGAAGGGGCUCAGGACAUCUCUCGAGAAAGGAACUCUCCUCAAAAGCUCAUCCUCAAAAGCAGCAGGUAAAGCGACACAAAAGUCAGCUCCUCAGGGAUCUUCAUCUGUCUUCCCUUCAUCCUCCCCACCUGUUCGGGUGGCUGAGUCCAGAAAAAGUGAAGGCAGUAGCUCAACCCCAUCAGGGUUUCACCAGCCAACAGCCAAGCCAUUUUGGGCACCGCAGGAAUCUGAUGCUCCUCUGACCCUAGCCUCAAACUCCAAUCACGAGGAUCAUGUGUGCCAACUUUGUGGUUCUUGGUUUGAGAAACGCAAGGCCCUUUCCUGUCAUGCACAGGCCCAUUUGCGCCAGAUUGGAGUAAUGGAGAACGCCGAUGCUAAAGAAUGCCCGAUUGAGCUGCUCUACAAGAUUAUGGAAACAGAGGACCUCAAGCCUUUUAGCAGUGAAAAACAGGAACGCUUCAACGUCCACACUUCACCUAAAUCCUCCACCAAACGACCCUCUGCUCGAUCACCCUCACCUAUGUUCAAAGGAUCCCCCUCUUCCCUUCCACUCCAGUCAGCCCCCAGAAAACGAGCCAAAGCAUCAGAUGAGUUUACCUGUGUCCUGUGUGGAGAGAUGUUCGAGAACCGCAAAGGAUUGGCCAGUCACUCGAGAUCUCACCUGCGGCAGGUUGGGGUAAUUGACUUGCUGGGUAAAGGCUCUGCUAUUGAUGCUGUCCAGAAGCUAGUCAGCAGUGGCAUGCAAGCUGCAUUAAAACCCUGCAAAAAAAACACCACCACUGCUUCAUCCCCAGCACCGUCCCCUGCAACACCACCAGCAUCAUCUUCAGUCCCAGGUCCAACACCCCCUCUCUCCACAUCUCUUUCCCCACCCCCCUCUCAGUCCCUUUCUUCAACCCAAGGACGUCCCAGUCACUCCCCUCUUACAUCUGCCAACCGAGCCCCAAAGGCCAAGAAAGGCUUUCGGCUAGCAGUGGACCCCUUGAAACGGAAGCCCAAGCCUGAAUCCAUACAGGGGGAGAUGUCUGUUCUACCACAGGGAUUGAUCACCAGCAGUAACUCUACCACUCAGAUGUUGUCAAGUCCAGUUGUUAAGCCAGAGUCUAUCAAAGCAGGGACAUCAGCAGUCAUCGAAUCCAUUCCAAGUGUCCCUUGUGAUUUUUGCGGCCAGCUCUUUGACACACGAAAGGCUUUAUCAUGCCAUGCUCGCGCCCACCUUCGCUAUCUUGGCAUUUCAUGGUUAGCCAACACAUCACCAGUUGACGUCCUUAGAGAAGCCAUGCAACAGGGGCAAGGUUUGAAAGAUUCAGUGUCCAGUGGUAGCUCAGUGUCUGGCGGAACCUUGUGGGCAAAACAAGGCCCCAAGAGGUCCCUGGAUAGCCUCAUGUCGGGAGAUCCAGCUACCAAGGCCUGUAUCCCCCCUUUUGGCUUUUCCCCAAAAGAGAAACCCUCCCCGGGCAAGACUGGAAUCGCACAAGCUGUAGACACCACCUGUGAGCUGUGUGGGUUUGACUUUGACAACCGCAAGGCCUUGGCCAGCCAUGCGCGUGCCCACCUGAGACAGCUGGGUGUGACUGAGUGGAAGGCAGAUGGGGCAAAAGGCUCGCCUAUUGAAAUCCUUAGAGAGUGGAUCCAGAAAGAGCCGGCCAAGGUGGCAGAAAUAACCCGGCGCUAUCGCAUAGGAGACCUGUACAUCAAAAAGAGACAUGUCCCAACUUCCUCUUUGGCCCUGGACUCAGGCAAUGCACCUGGGGGUAGCCUGAAGCCUUUGGGGUUACAGGGCGGGCAAAAGGUCGAAAAAGAGAAGUUGGAGGUCGCUAGCAGGUCAUCCAGUACAACUCAGGUACAAUCACACAAGUGGAGGGGCUACAUGCAGACACAGGGAACCCGCAGUGACUUCAGUGCACACUCUUCAAGGGGCUUCCGUCCCUCAAAACAUCCAGUGCAUACACAGGAAAGAAACCAGGACAUAAACUCCCAGCAGCCAUCACGGUCUGGGAACAUCCCUGCUCUGCUGCCCAAGCCUCCACCUACUCCCCUGGUCAAGUUUGUGGGCAAGAUUUACUCACUCAAGUGCAGGUUCUGCGAAAAAGAGUUUCAUGGACCCCUGUCCAUCCAAGUGGACUGGAUUGCACACCUGCAGAAACACAUCCUGACCCUGGGCUACAAAGGCAAAGCAUCACCCCCCCCUGCACCAGUAGCUACUUCAGCACUUUUGUAGCUGGCUAAUCACCCCGCUCUCUGAGCCGUCC